UGGCUCGGGUGAUGAUGCUCGGCUGCCGAGUCACCACCAGGACCCAAAGACCAAGACUGCGGAGGCUUAGGGAGCAGCCGGGACUGAGUCCGGAGCCACUAGAGACUAGGAGACUCCAUCUGCCCACCUGAGCAAUAUGAAGACUUCAUUCAUCGAGCCCGCCAUUCUCCUAAACGCGUUUGCUAUGACCCUGAACAUCCCGCUGACAGCGCAGUACGUGUACCGGAGGAUAUGGGAAGAAACGGGUAACUACACCUUUGCUUCUGGUAGCAAUGUCUCUGAAUGUAAGCAAAACAGAAGCGACCCGAUCUUUGCAUUCCGGGAGGAAGUUCAGAAAAAGACAUCUCUCUUCAACCUGCAAGUGGAAAUAAGUGGGCUAAUUCCUGGUCUGGUGUCUACCUUCAUGCUUUUAUCGAGCAGCGACAACCAUGGACGGAAACUCCCCAUGGUUCUGUCAUCCCUUGGCUCUCUAGCCACCAACAUCUGGUUGUGUGUGCUGUCCUACUUGGGCCUUCCUCUCCAGCUUCUGAUUGCAUCCACCUUCGUUGGUGCCCUUUUUGGGAAUUACACCACGUUUUGGGGUGCUUGCUUUGCCUACAUUGUCGAUCAGUGUAAAGAAUACAAGCAGAAAAUCAUUCGGAUAGCCGUCCUGGAUUUUAUGCUCGGAGUUGUUACUGGGCUCACGGGCCUGUCAUCCGGCUAUUUUAUCCGAGAACUGGGCUUUGUGUGGUCCUAUUUCAUCAUCGCCGCAGUUCUUAUAGUGAACCUGACCUACAUUUCAUUUUUCCUCAGUGACCCCAUAAAGGAGUCGUCUUCUCAGAUGGUCACUAUGUCCUGUAGGGAAAGCCUCAAGGACUUAUUUUACCGGACUUACCUGCUUUUUAAAAAUGGCUCCGGAAAGCGGCAGUCUCUGCUCUGUCUGCUGAUUUUUACCAUUGUCAUUUAUUUUUUUGUGAUCAUCGGCAUUUCCCCAAUUUUUACACUCUAUGAGCUGGGCUCUCCGCUCUGCUGGGAUGAGGUGUACAUAGGCUACGGUACAGCUUUGGGAAGUGUCUCCUUUUUGAUCAGCUUCCUAGGCAUAUGGCUUUUUUCUUAUUGUUUGGAGGAUAUUCACAUUGCCUUCAUUGGCAUUCUUACCACCAUGCUGGGAAUGACGCUGGCUGCCUUCGCCAGGACCACGCUCAUGAUGCUUCUGGUCAGGAUUCCGUUCUUUUUCACCAUGAUGCCGUUCUCUGUCCUGAGGUCCAUGCUGUCGAAGGUGGUCCACUCCACUGAACAAGGUGCAUUGUUUGCUUGCAUAGCUUUCUUAGAAACACUUAGUGGAGUCACUGCGACCUCUACCUACAAUGGUAUUUAUUCAGCCACGGUUGCUUGGUACCCUGGCUUCAUUUUUCUGCUGUCUGCUGGCCUCCUCAUUCUCCCAGUCAUGAGUUUAUGGGGUGUCAAGUACAUUGGCUGGGAAGAGGGAAGCUACACACUCUUUGCCCCAGAAGAGCCCAGUGAGCACACGUCAGAGUGACAACAGUUGACAGGAACGCAUGCACACGUCAUACACACAACUCCGGAAGAGCAUACACCCCACAGUAGCAAUCUGUGUCUCCAGGUCCUUUCUCCUAAGCCAUGCAAGCUGUGAGGCAGUGCCCGGCUCUGCUGCUUCUGGGGCCGCCCAUCACCCUGUGUUCUUCAGUACAGAGAAGAACAGGCCUCAGAGCCCUCCUCGCUUCUCCAUGGACCGGACAGAGUGGAGAGUGGAGGAGACCUGGGGAAACUGCAAUAAGACUUGAAGCAAUAACCUCACUGACAGGCUCCAAUCUCUCAUGUGGAAGCCAAGGAGUCCCAACCUCGGCCUGUCUGUCUGCACAAUGGGCUUCUGACUGCUCAGGGAUUUUGAAGACUUAAUGAAGAAUUUUUAUGCUGACUAGUCACUGAUAUGAAAAUAAUGUUCCAGGCGUUUAUACCACUUCCUAUACUUGACCUAUCAAGGCUCCAGUGAUGGGUGCAAAAAUCCUUGAAGAGAAGCACUUUUUAAAGUAAAUGUUUUCACUUCUCCUAAUAUUUUAUUCAGUGACAAUCUUGACGAUGUUUUUAUAUGUAAUGGGGGAGGGAGUACGAAUUCAGAUUAUAAAUAAAACUGUCUUAAAUUUUAAAA